AUGUCACAAACUCCCAACCAAAGACACGCUGAUGCCCCUUCAGUAUCGUCUCCAUCUCCAGGCACCCCGUCUGUCCCGGCAGCCGGAAUCUCACAAUUGGAGCUUCGUCUUGCAAGCAGCAGCUAUGAUCCGAAAGAUGAUGCGGAGUCUGCCCUAAUCAGUGACGAUGAGGAUGGUUCUUUCCCGUGCAAUGAACGGACUCAAGAUCUAGAGUCGUUGAACCGAAUGCUUCAAACUUAUGAUAUGAGCUCACGGGGAGGAAAAGAUGAGAAUAAGAACAGUCAGGCAACUUUCAAUAGAAGACCCCCGAGCGACACGCCUAUCAUGAGUGGAACUACAUCACCAGCAGCUGGGUCAAACUUGUCACCCCUUUGCUUGAGCGAAAAUGAAGGGGAAGAUAGCGACCAGGACGAUAUUAACCAAUCACGUGCAAAUGUUUAUUCAUCUGCAGACAGGCUUACACCUCUUCCUCAUCGCAACAAGCAACAUUCUGCGACCACGUCAUCUCAACAUGUAAAAACGACUUUGGAUAUACCAGGCCAGACUAGAUCCAAAAUAUCACCCGAUGGCUCCAUAGUCAACACAAGUGAAAGGGUCGUUGUAGUUAUGAUAGGCCUUCCCGCAAGAGGAAAAUCUUAUCUCAGCAACAAACUUGUUCGCUACCUCAAUUGGCUGCAAAUCAAUGCCAAAAUUUUCAAUGUUGGAUCAACAAGGCGUGCUAAAGCUGCUCACCUAGGACCUGAAAGUUCACCUCUUCCGGACAAGAAUGAUAUGACACUACAUGAUGCAAAAUUCUUUUCCCCCAACAACGAAGAAAAUACUCGUUUACGAGAGCAAUGGGCACAAGAGACUUUGGAUAAUCUGCUUCACUAUCUCCUCAAAGGUGAUGGCUGUGUGGGAGUUUUCGAUGCUACAAACUCGACGAAGCUCAGACGGAGAGCUGUGCUAGAAAAAAUAAUGGAGAGAAGCAAAGGACAGCUGAAGAUUUUGUUUCUAGAGAGCAUCUGCAACGACAAAUCAAUUUUGGAAGACAAUAUUCAAUUAAAAUUGCAGGGUCCAGACUAUCGAAACAUUAGCCCAGAAGUUGCAAUAAAAGAUUUCCUUGGAAGGCUUAAGAAUUACGAAUCAGUUUAUGAGACAAUUGAUGACGAGGAAGAAAAGAAUAAGGACUUUCAAUAUGUCAAAAUGAUUGAUGUUGGACGCAAAGUGAUUGCGUGCAAUAUCAAAGGUUUCUUAGCAUCUCAGAUCAUUUACUACUUCUUAAAUUUCAAUCUAGGAGCUCGUCAGAUCUUUAUCACUAGGCACGGAGAAUCCAUGGAUAAUGUCAAAGGACGCAUUGGGGGGGACUCUGUACUAACGGAGCGUGGCCAUAUAUUCGCUAAAUCACUCGCAGACUUCAUCUCGUUCAAGAAGCAGCAAUUUCGGGAGAACCAAUUAAACGAAUUCAAGAGCAAACAUUCAAACUAUUUUUCCAAAGCACCCGGCAUCAAUGAUCUGCCAGAGGAACCGUCUUUUUCUGUAUUUACUUCGAUGCUUCAAAGGAGCAUCCAAACAUCUGAGCAUUUCUCGGACGAGAUUUUUGAUAUAAAGCAAAUGAGAAUGCUAAAUGAAUUAGGAAGCGGCAGAUUUGAGGGCAUGACAUAUGAAGAAAUACAAAGAAGUUUCCCAGAGGAGUUCAAUGCACGGUUGAAAGACAAAAUGUCGUAUCGGUAUCCUGGAGUCGGAGGAGAAUCGUAUCUUGAUGUGAUUACCAGACUGAAGCCUGUGAUAAUGGAAUUGGAGAGGACUACCAAUCAUUUAUUGAUCAUCACGCAUAGAGUUGUUGCGCGGGUUCUCAUUGCGUACUUUCUGAACCUCAGCAAAAGUUCUGUGGGAGAUUUAGAUGUUCCGCUACACACGGUCUAUAUGUUCGAACCGAAGCCUUUCGGUGUUGAUUGGCACAUUUAUGAAUUUAAUGAGAACACACAUUGGUUUAAUGAGAUCGAUCCAAACUCUCUCCAGAACAGCAAAAAAGUGAAGCAAGUGGGAAUAUCAUUCAGAGAGCGGGCUUACUCUGUUGUUCCAACGGCUACCAGAAGGCCUUCUGCAUUAGCCUCUGGUGCCGUGUCCACACGAAAUUUGCGCCAGCCCACAACACCAUCCACCAAUUUACAAGCAAGCCGCCAUUACCAAGCUCGACUUGAUAACACCAACAGCAACGGUUUGUCUCAUGUCUCUGACGGCAAAUCUUCCAAGAGGUGGGUACUCGGUGAAGGUCUCAACACACAUUGGCUUGGAUGGGAUCAUCUUGACGAUAGCAGCAUCACCGGACUUGACGAACUUAGGGUUCUCCUCCAUCUUCUUACCAGUUCUUCUGUCAAUCUUCUCGAGCAACUGGUCGAAUCUACAAGCAAUGUGGGCGGUGUGGCAGUCCAAAACUGGAGAGUAACCAGCAGAGAUUUGACCAGGGUGGUUCAAGAUGAUGACUUGAGCGUUGAAAGAAGCAGCACCUUGAGGAGGGUCGUUCUUGGAGUCACCACAGACGUUACCUCUUCUGAUUUCCUUAACGGAGACGUUCUUGACGUUGAAACCAACGUUGUCACCUGGAACACCCUCAACAAGCUGCUCGUGGUGCAUCUCAACGGACUUGACUUCAGUGGUAACACCAGCUGGAGCGAAAGUAACGACCAUACCAGCCUUGAUGACACCGGUCUCGACUCUUCCGACUGGAACAGUUCCAAUACCGCCGAUCUUGUAGACAUCUUGCAAUGGCAAUCUCAAUGGCUUGUCAGAUGGUCUGGAAGGUGGCUCAAUGGCGUCAAUAGCCUCCAAAAGAGUCUUACCCUUGACGACACCAGCCUUAGUCUCCUUUUGCCAUCCUUUGUACCAUGGGCAGUUAGUAGAAGCCUCGAUCAUGUUGUCACCGUUCCAACCCGAAAUUGGGACGAAUGGAACAGUCUUAGGGUUGUAACCAACCUUCUUGAUGAAGUUAGAGGUUUCCUUGACAAUUUCCUCAAAUCUGGCCUCGUUCCAUUGAACAGAGUCCAUCUUGUUGACAGCAACAAUCAAUUGUCUGACACCAAGGGUGAAAGCAAGCAAAGCGUGCUCUCUGGUUUGACCGUCCUUGGAGAUACCAGCCUCGAACUCACCGGUACCACCUGCAAUGAUCAAGAUAGCACAGUCAGCCUGGGAAGUACCAGUGAUCAUGUUCUUGAUGAAAUCUCUGUGACCUGGAGCGUCAAUGACGGUAACGUGAUACUUUGGAGUCUCGAACUUCCACAGAGCAAUAUCGAUAGUGAUACCUCUCUCUCUCUCAGCCUUCAACUUGUCCAAAACCCAAGCGUACUUGAAAGAACCCUUUCCGAGUUCAGCAGCUUCUUUUUCAAACUUCUCGAUGGUUCUCUUGUCAAUACCACCACACUUGUAGAUCAAGUGGCCGGUAGUGGUAGAUUUACCAGAGUCGACGUGACCAAUAACAACGACGUUAACGUGAGUCUUUUCUUUACCCAUUUUAAUAUAUUAGUUCUUUGA